CGGACCAGGAAGACAUGUUGACUGGCCGCCUGCCAGGUAAAUAGCCAACAGAGGAUGCUAGCUGUGUGCCCGUGUCCGACCACGACAGAGGGACGACAACUCCUGAAUAACCGGAGCAAAGAUGACAGCACGCGCUUUGUCGAGGACACUGAGACAUCCAACUGAGAGCCUGUAGCCAUGGAUGGGCAUGUUGCCAAAAACAAUGAAAGCACCUUCCCCACCUUAGGGGAUCUGGAUGACUUUCUCACCAAGCACAACUCGAACUUCAUCUGGCUCCUCGUUGCCACCAUUCUGUCCUGCGGAUGGAUAAUCUACUUAACAUAUUACAACUCCCGCAACAUCGGCCUCAUCCUCACCCUAAUCAUCAACAGACUCUACAAGGAUGGCUACAUUCACAUCGGCUCCUUCUCCUUCUCGGUGCUGUCUGGAAAGGUCAUGUUCCGAGAUGUCUACUACAUCAACCAAGAUAUGUCCAUUAGGAUACAGGACGGCUUCCUCAUCUUUCGGUGGUGGAAAAUGUAUAACCCAAAACAGAAACAGCACGACCCCAAGGCGGAGACCAGGCUUUACGUGACGGUGAACGGCUUAGAGUUUCACGUUUACAACCGCACCGACCUCUACGCCCGCCUGCAGGAGACCUUCGGACUCGAACCCACGCUCUUAACCCCUAAAAAGGAUGAAGAGAGAGGACGAGAUGAUAGAAACAAGACCCUAGAAAGUGUGAACAUCAAAGCGGAGAGUCCAGAGACCACGUCGUCUUGGCGAUCCCUCAUUCCCGUCAUCAAAGUGAACAUCAGCACCGGUCGCCUGGCGUUCGGGAACCACCACCUCCCGCAGACUCUGUGCGUGAACUUUGAGGACGCCUUCCUAACGUAUGCCACCAAGCCGCCGUCCAGCCACCUCGACCAGUACAUGCACAUCGUCAAAGGCUCGCUGGAGAACGUGCGCGUCAUGCUGGUUCCUAGUCCGCGCUACUUGGGCAUGCAGAAUGACGAACCUCCAAGACUGAUGGGCGAAGGCUUUGUGGUGAUGCAGUCCAACGAUGUUGACAUCUAUUACUACCAAGAUGAACCCGGUCUGGUCCCUGUGGAGCAGGAGAGCGGGGAGGAGGUGGAAACAUGCAGUGAGGAGGAUAAGCUGCAGGAUUUACCUCCAUGUUGGGGUCUGGAUAUUGUCUGUGGGAAAGGAACUGACUUCAACUACGGGCCUUGGGCCGAUCGGCAGAGGGACUGUCUGUGGAAGUUCUUCAUUCCGGCCGACUACCAGGCCAUGAAAGUGACCGAGGUAGCCCAGCCAGGAAAGCCCCGGCAGAUCCAGGCCUUUGAGUUGCGCAUGAACAUCAUCGCCGACGCCACCAUUGAUCUGCUUUUUACCAAAAACAGGGAGACCAAUGCCAUCCAUGUGAACGUAGGCGCAGGCUCCUACUUGGAAGUCAACAUUCCCAUGACUGUUGGAGAGAACGGCUACUCGCCCACCAUCAAAGGUCAGCUGCUUCACGUGGACACCACCAGCAGCAUGCAGUACAGGACUCUCCUGGAAGCUGAGAUGUUGGCUUUCCACGUGAUAGCAAGUUAUCCUCGGGUGUGGAACAUGCCUCAGUCUUGGCAGUGCGAGAUCGAGGUGUACAAGGCCACCUACCACUUCAUCUACGCCCAGAAAAACUUCUUCACCGAUUUGAUCCAGGACUGGGCGAGUGACAGUGCCCCAGAUAUCUACUCCUUCGUGCCCUAUUCCUGGAAAUUCAAGAUCCUGUUCCACCAGUUUGAGAUGAUCUGGGCGGCAAACCAGCACAACUGGGUCGACUGUUCCACCAAGCAGCAGGAGAAUGUGUACCUGGCAGCGUGUGGUGAGACGCUCAUCAUAGACUUCACCUUGCCUUUCAAUGAGUUUGUCCCCACCACCUGCCACACCCGUUUCAUCUUGAAGGCGGAGGACACAGACAUGCGACUGUCGCUGCCAGAGUGCCACCCGAGCCGCUGCCCCCUCCUCACCCUGGCCAAAGACUAUCAGAACAUCAAGCUGCCCCCUGACAUGUUCACGCCCGGGGAGACGCAAGCCGCGCCCCCUCCCAAACCCAACAAGUCUCGCUGGAGGAACAUCACCCACGCAGAAGCUGGCUGGGUGGACUGCUGGAGUGUACCCAACUUCUUGCUCAUCAUAGACUACACCUGGCACCCCAUCUAUCCCCAGAAGGCCGAUGAGCAACUCAAACAGUCGCUGUCUGAGAUGGAGGAAUCGAUGCUGUCAGCCCUGCGUCCUCCGGAACACACAUCCAUACCCCACAGUGCCCCGCCACGCUUCGCCACGUCCUCCUCGGCUGCUCAUGGCCGGGCGCCCGCCGACCCAUCCGAGCUGCCCCCUGACAGACUUCACGUGGAGAUGGAAAUGUCUCCAGAUUCUCAAAUCAUCCUCUACGGGCCUAUGCUCCGAGCUCUGAUUUCCAUCAAGGAAAACUAUUUUGGCGAGGACGACAUGUACACAGACUUUGAGGAGGCGGUGACCAGCCCUGUGUUGUCCACCACAACCUCCUCAGGCCUCGGCUGGUCUCCGCUGGGCAUGGAGGACGGCGAAGGGAAAGAAACCUCGGACCUCCACCCGCUGGACCUGCGACCCUGGGAUAUCACUGUGCUCAUCAACCUCUACAAAGUCCAUGGCCGACUGCCAAUUCACUGCAGCAGCGAGGGUCCCGAAGGUCCCUCCGGCUUCUUGGAGCGGCUGUGUUUCGAGAUGAAAAAGGGUUACAAGGAGACGGUGCUUCAGCUGCUCCUGUCUCCCAUUCACAUCUUCAUCAGUGACAACUACCAGCGUCCAACAGCAGACGGUGUCCUUAGGGACGGCCACCUGAGUCUGUCUGGACUGCAGAUGAGGGCCCAUGCCAUGUUCUCUGCUCAGGGCCUUCCUGUGGGCAGUGACACGCAGGAGUACGCCUGGCUCAUUGACAUGCAAGCUGGCGGCCUCACCGGCAGAAUCACUCUUCCACAGCUGGCCAGCAUGAUCGAGUGGGGCGAAUCUUUCGUUUUCCACGUGGUGUCCCGAGAGUUCCAGCUGGAGCAACCCAAGCCCUCCGUCAUCUGCCAGCACGGCGCUGACCGUCGCAUCUGCGACGCCAAGCUGAGCUGCUUGCCGGGUCACUGUCGCACGUCGGAGGAGCUGAAGUACACCAUGACGCGCCUGGCCGUGGAUGGAGUCGACCUCUUCGUCGUGGAACACGGCUGCGCUGCCAGUGUCAAAACGGGCGUUAUCCGCGUAGCCAACUGCAACCUGCACAACCAGGCAGUGGGGGAGGGCAUCAGUGCCGUGGUGCAGGACGUAAACAUCCGGCAGUACAUUGAGCAGCAGCAGCACAGCGAGGCGACCAGGUUGCAGCCGGCUGGACAGGGUCAAGGUCCGGGUCAGCCGCUGGGUCUCGGUCAGCCCCCUCUGCUGCGACGCUCUGUCUGGCUGGAGGCAGGUUCGGUCAACCUGAACCUCAUCACGGCGGACGUCGCCUUGGCUGCUGACCACCCGGCCAAAUGCGAAGUGCAGAGGCAUUUUCUGGAACUACACGACGCUCAGACCAAAAGACUGUGGUUCCUCUGGCCAGAAGACGCUGGCAUUCGGACCAAGCGCAGCAGGAACCGCUGCGGCUGCCUCGGCGGCUGCAGGUUCUUCGGAGGCACUAACAUGGGCCUGGACUUCUUCAGGCUCGACGAGCUGACGCCGUCGUCCUCCUCCGCCUUCUCCUCCUCCAGCGCCGAGUCCGACAUGUGUUACGGCCAGUCCCUGCUACAGCCCGGGGAGUGGAUCAUUACAAAGGAAACACCAAAAGUGGACGGGAGAGUUGUUGGACUGAAAACAGACACACACUCGCCGUGCCUGCCUCCUGAGCUGCCCGAGAGGCGGGGUCAGCAGCACCUCAGUCUCCAGGUGCCCCAACGCUCCCACAGCUCUGCCUCCUCGUCUGAGGAAAACAGCUCGUCCAGUGCUGCUUUGCCCCUGCUGGCCGGAGAGAGGGACACGCCCUCGCCGAGCACAGAGGAGCGCAUGUUCGCCGUGAACGGCAGAAGCCCUGCAGACACCCUAGGAGAUGUCCCAGAAGUCUUGCCUGUGUCACCCAACAGCUCCCAGGACCGCACCUCAGUGCGCUCACCCCUUUGCUCUCCGCUCAAGCGUCAGUCCUCGGUGCACUCCAGUCGACUGGGCAGCACCAAGAGCCUCUCAGCCGCAGUCUUCACCGACAAGCCCCCUCCGGUGCUGACUGCUGGCGUCCAAUUCAGCAGCGAGGUCUCCCGCAGCGACGAGAACGUGCUGGACUCACCACGGCAGCGCAGAAGCUACGGAUCCUUCCCCUUCACGCCCUCGGCAGACUCCAACACUUUCCAUCAGUACCGCUCGGCCGACUCAAGCAUGUCCGUGGCCGACAGCGAGGCCUACUUCUCCGCCACCGAGGACUUUGAGCCGAUCAGCAGCGCUGAUGAGGGCCCGGGGACGUACCCAGGCCGCAAGAAGAAGAGGAGGCAGCAGAUGCAGCAGCCGCAGCAGCCCCCGUAUCACAUGGAGAACUACAGCCGCAGCUCCAUCUACCACAGCGUUGAGGGUCCCCUCACCUACGUCCUCAACGGGGAGCUGAUCACUGAGCCACGUGCCCUGCCACUGCCCCCGAUGCUGCCCCCGCUCCCGGCCCAGCCCCUGCCCACCCACACGUCUCAGGCCUCCUUUGUCUCGGCCCUGGCCAUGGAGGAGGAGAGCUCAGUGGAGGCAGAGAAGACGGCAGAACCCGGGCCGGUCACCCGGCAGCCCCACGUCAUGGCGUGCUACCAGAGCUACCUGGCCCACUACCAGGUCUCCAAUUGGUCUGUCAAGCAGCCCACCAAUAAGAGGACGUCAAAGUCUUCUCUGCACCGCCCCUUAGAUCUGGACACGCCCACCAGCGAAGAGAGCUCUGCCUCCUUCGACCAGCUCUCCGUGCCCAGUUUCAAGGUGAUCAAGCAGGGCCUUUCUGCCAGUUCUCUACUAGAUAGAGGAGAUCAGCUCAUGGGAGAGAACAACAGUACACCGUACACGCCCCUGGAUAAGAGAGCCAUGGAGAACACCGAUGAGGACACGACAACGGACGACUGGACUCUGGAGCAGCCCCUCUCUCAGACCAGGACCACUGCCAUCGUGGAGGUGAAGGGGGCCAUCAAUGUGGUGGUCACGCCCCUUGUGGCUGAAUCCCUGGACAGGUACAUUGAGUCCAUGGUCCACUUUGCCAGUGUUCGACACCCUGCAGCGAUUCUGGACGACCUGCACGGCAAAGUCCUCAAUGAAGCCUAUCAGAUCAGCAAGUCCACAGUCACCGAGUCUAGUCAAACAGGCAAGCAGGAGCACAAGCUGUCCAAGACGGAGGGCACGACCCCCGGCUCCAUCAACGCCCCCGGUGGACAGACGGACUUGUCCGUCAAACCAGAUAAUGUGAAAAUCAAGGGCCUUCAAGCCAAUGUCUCCAUCCCCAAGGUGAACCUAUGCCUCCUGCAGGCGUCUGUGGAGGAGGGGUCACCGUCGUGCUCCAGUAAGUGUGUCACGCAUGUGUCACUUGUGGCGCUGUGCUUCGACAGGAUCGCCACUCAGUUCAGGAUGAACAGGGGUAUUGUAGAAGAGACUCCCAACACCACAGAGCAUGGCCGACCCUCCGUCAUGUUGGAGAAAUACGCCUCGGCCACCAAGAUGCAGCCUCAGUCGUCCGGCUCUCUGCGUUCCAACGCCGGCAUUGAGAAAGGCAAAGAGAUCGCCGCCAGGCUCAACAUCCAUCGCAUCCACAGUCAGCUCCGAGGCCUUGACUCCACAGACAUCGGGACGUGUGCCAUCACGGCGAUCCCCUUCGAGAAGUCCAAGGUGCUGUUCGGCCUUGAGGAACUGGAGGAGUUUGCCAUGGUGGACGAGACGGACGCCCAGGCCACCUCGGGCGACCUGAGCCGCUCCGCAGCAUCUCUUGAGAAAUGGGGCUGGAUCAUGUUUGAAUGUGGCAUCGAGAACCUCACAGUCAAAGGGGGCCGCCAGUCAGGAGCCGUUCUUUACAAUGCAUUUGGUGUGAUGGGACACUCGGACACUGGGGGGAAGAUGGGGAUAUCCAAGUCCAAUGGUUCCACGGGCUCUCAGACGGGAAGUGGCUACAGCACUGACGUCUCCGACGACAACCUGACACAUGACCCUAUGAGCCCCGCCUCUGACGUCAAUGAAAACUCGGAUUCUGACGACCAAGAUGAAGGGGUUGAGUCGGACGACCUGAAGAAAGACCUCCCCCUCAUGCCCCCACCGCCCGACUCCAGCAGCAUGAAGCUGACCAUCCGAGAGAUCUGGUUCAGUUUCGCUGCUCCCACCAACGUGCGUUCACCUUCGCAGGCCAUCUCCAGGCAGUUGAAUCUGCUCAGCACAGCCACGCCUGCCAUCGGAGCCUGGCUGGUUCCCAUCGACCAGCUCAAAUCUUCGCUGCGCAAGCUGGACAUGGAGGGCACACUGCGCGUGUGUGCUGUUAUGGGCUGCAUCAUGACAGAAGCUCUCGAGAAAAAGAGCAUCCACAUCCCGAUCCGCAGCAAGUACAACCGCGUGACCAAGCGAGCUCGCUACCUGCACGAGAACCCCUCCUGUAUGCUCUGCAACAUCCUGCACCGCUAUCUGCAACAGGCUGACUACUCCAUCAUAGAGGAGGCCACCAUGAAUGAUGGGGUCCCAGCUCUCGUGACUCUUAAAAAGGGUCUGGUGGCUUUGGCCCGACAAUGGAUGAAAUUCAUUGUGGUGACUCAGGGCUUCAAGGCCAUCGGUUUGAUGAGGCCCAGUAAUCUCACCAAACCCAAGGAGCCGCAGCAGAGCCUGGCGGAGACCAUCCUGGGCCUGGACAACGGCGCUGCUCUGCAGAGUGACACCAGCGCUGACGGAGCCGAGUUUGAAUUUGACGCAGCCACAGUGAGCGAACACACCAUGUUGCUGGAGGGAGCUUGCAGUCGCCCCCCGCCCAAAGAAGCAAACUCUGGUCCCGUCAGCGGAGUGGAGAUCAUGAGGAAACUGUCCAAGUCCCACACGCACAGCGAGUCGGCCCUCAGGAUAAAGGGCUCCCAUCCAUACCAGUCGCUGAGCUACACCAGCGGGGACACGGCAGCUGACUCGCCCGCCCACGUGUGCCGUGUAGGCCUGCCAGCCAAGGACAGCCCCAGGAAGGAGAGUCUCCUGAGUAACCUGACGGGCAGCUUCCGCAGUCUGCACAACCUGCUGGAGGGCACGCCCCAGAGGAGCGACCCGUCUGCCGCCGCCGCCGCAGCUGCCGCCACCGCAGCCAAAAGCGGCUCCCUCAUUCGCACAGGGACGGACGUGCUGACGGAGCACCCGCUGCUGUCGGAGCCCUCCUCCGUCAGUUUUUACAACUGGAUGUCCAACGCUGUGGGCAACAGGACCGGAGCUGGAAACCAGGAGUCCCCGGUCAACCGCUCCCAGCACAACAGCCUGCAGACAGGUGGGACGUGUAACCUGCCCACAAUUCCCUCAGCGUCGGACUUCAACACGGUGCUGUCCAGCGACCAAAACACCCUGGAUGGGACCCACUCACAGCACAGCACCAGCCAGGACGAGAUGGCCGACAUCGAGGAGGGCAACCAGUGUCCGGCCGCCGUUCAACUGGCAGACGCUCAGGUUGUUUUCAAGCCUUUGCUGAGCUACACUGGGAUCCAGGCUCAAGACGCCACUCCUCUUAGUUACAAGAUGUAUUUUGGGGAGCACCUGUCAUUUUCUGGCAACCUCGAGUGCCUGAGAGCAGACAUUGUCGACUCCGACACCUCCAAAGAACGCAAAAACAAAAGAUCCAAGAGACAGGGCAUGCCGAACCUCCCUCCACUGGAGUUCAAGCCAGCGCUGCUGAUUGAGACAUUCAGCGUGAACGCGGUGGUGAUGGAGAAGUCGACCAGUGCACCGCAGGGCCCGACCGCGGCGCCGCUCUCCUUCCACGACCUCAACCGACGCCACUACAACACAUUCCACUGCGAUUUCACCACGGCCUGCCAGGCCAUCAGUCAGCGCGUCGACAUGGCCCUGGUGCGCCUCAUCCACCAGUUCAGCACCAUGAUCGACGACAUCAAGGCCACGCAGACCGACAUCAAGCUGAGCCGCUACACCGCCGGCUCCGCGUCCCCGACACCCACCUUCAAGGCCCGGCCGUACCGCCACUUCAGGUCGUCGGACUUCAGCCGCAGCUCCCGGGGCAGUCUGAACGGUCGCAGCGGAACCCAAACCCUGAAGAGCAAGAGGAUGGGUGGUGGAGCGGCAGGAGCAGGCGGAGGAGCAGGGGGCUCUGGGGCAUUACCACCUAAUGGACCGCCGUCUAGCAUGGACACGCUGGGGAGGAGGGAGCCCCGGGGACGCACCUCCCUGGGACGUUCAGAGCGACGCACCUCCAAGGUGUCGCGGAAGGGCUCCCGUGACGUGGCGGACCACAUGGCGAUCCAGAUGGAUGAUUCUGACUCCAUCACGGUGUCGGAGCAGAGCGAGCCAUCGGCGGAGUGUUGGCAGAACAUGUACAAGCUGCUCAACUUCUACUCCCUCAUCUCUGAUCCCACCGGCAUCCUGGAGAAAAGCUCCCCGGACAACUGCCUCUCAGAAGGUGGGCAUCGGCCCUCUGAGCCGUUCUGCAAAGUGAUCUUCGAGAACGAGCAGCAGGACGCCACCGUGCCAAACAAGCCCCCGGGCGCCGGCGGACGGCGCCGCAGCCUGGUGAGCUCCGAGCCGCAGCACGUCACGCUCAUAGUUUUUGGCAUCGGCAUGGUGAACCGCACCCACCUGGAGGCGGACAUCGGCGGGCUGACAAUGGAGGCCGAGCUCAAGAAGAUCCACGGCAGUUUCACUCUGAAGGAGAAGAUGAAAGAUAUCCUGCACCAGAAGAUGACAGAGACGUGUGCGUCAGCUCACAUAGGAGGGGUGAACAUCGUCCUGCUGGAGGGCAUUACGCCUGAUAUCCAACUGGAGGAUUUCCCAACGUCACCCACCAGCACAGCUAAACAAGAGUUUCUAACUGUGGUGAAAUGCAACAUCGCCAAGUCGCAGGCCUUGUACAGCGCCCAGCGAGGGCUGAAAACCAACAACGCGGCGGUCUUCAAGGUGGGGGCCAUCAUGAUCAACAUCCCCCAGCACCCGGCUACUUUACACAGCAUGAUGGUCCGCAGCUCCCACCAGCUCUCCAAACAGAUCUCGGACCUCAUUCGCCAACCCUCCAACAUACAGCCUCCGAACAGAGAGGACACCCCCACCCCGCAGCCCUCCGACAAAGCAUCCAGCAUCAAUCAGACCCCCGUCGAGGCCAACGAGUUCCCCCAGCUUCCUGAAGGCCUGGAGAAGAAGCCAAUUGUCCUGAAGUUCAGCGCCAUGAUGGACGGCAUCACCAUCGGGGCGGCUCUGCUGCCCUCGCUGAAAGCAGAGUACAAGAUGGGCCGCAUGAAGAGCCACGGCAUGACGGGGGCACAGACCAGCUUCACCUUUGAGUUGCCCAACCACAAGCUCUGCUUCCAGUCCAAAGUGUCCCCAGUGGACAUGUCCACCAUGCCGCCGUCAGCCAGCCUCACCCUGCCUCCGGUCACCAUGUCAGGAGAGUACAUCAUGGAGGACCACGAUGGCCACUCGGACCAGGGCUGGGCACCCGACGACUUCCCAGCCAAGCAAGGAAACUACCUGCAGGGCAACUACCUGCGCUGUGUGGCUGAGAUUGGUUCGUUUGAGCACAACCUGACAACAGACCUGCUCAACCACCUGGUCUUCCUGCAGAAGGUCUUCAUGAAGGAGGUCAAUGAAGUCAUUCAGAAGGUGUCAGGAGGCGAACAACCCAUCCCACUGUGGAAUGAGCAUGACACAUCGACUGAUGCAGACAAGCCAAAGAUCCUGCUGUAUUCGCUCAGCCUCAUGUUCAAGGGAAUCCAGAUGACGGCGACAACUCCCUCCAUGCGAGCUGUUCGCUUCGAGACGGGCCUGAUCGAGCUGGAGCUGUCCAACAGGAUCCAGUGCAAGGCCCAGCCUGGCGGUAGCAGCAGCUACCUGAAGCUGUUUGGCAAAUGUCAAGUAGAUCUCCACCUGGCCCUGGGACAGAUAGUCAAGCACCAGGUGUACGAAGAAGCCGGCUCGGACUUCCACCAGGUGGCGUACUUCCGGACUCGGAUCGGCCUCCGGAAUGCUCUGCAGGAGGAGAUCAGUGGCUCUUCAGACAAGGAGGCCGUCCUCAUCACACUGAACAGGCCGAUCGUUUUCGCGCAGCCGGUGGCAUUCGACAGAGCCGUGCUCUUCUGGCUCAAUUACAAGGCGGCGUAUGACAACUGGAACGAGCAGCGCUUGGCCCUCAACAAGGACAUCCACAUGGCCACGAAGGAGGUGGUGGACAAGCUGCCGGGCAUCCAGCAGACGUCAGCCCAGGCCUUCAGCACCCUCUUCCUGCAGCUGACCGUCAACGACCUGGGCAUCUGUCUGCCGAUCACCAGCUCCACACAGAGAGGACAAGUGCCUGCUACGGAGGGCAUCCACUCUGAAGCUGGGGCCAGCACAUCAGUAGGCCGCCAUAAAAAUGCACGAAAAGCCAACCACAGCAUAGAUUUCGACGCCGGCUCCGCUCUGGUGCUGACGAUCGAGAGCACACUGAUCACUGCCUGCUCCUCCGAGUCGCUGGUGAGCAAAGGCCACUUCAAGAACUUCUGCAUCCGCUUCGCCGAGGGCUUCGAGACCUCCUGGGACGACUGGAAGCCGGAGAUCCGAGGGGAUAUGGUCAUGAACGCUUGUGUAGUCCCUGAUGGUACAUAUGAAGUAUGUUCCAGGACCACAGGGCAGCCCUCCGCAGAGAGUAGCAGUGCCGGCACCUGGACUCUCAACGUGCUUUGGAAAAUGUGCGGCAUCGACGUCCACAUGGACCCCAACAUCGGCAAGCGCCUCAAUGCACUGGGCAACACGCUGACAUCGCUGACCGGCGAGGAGGACCCGGACGACAUCGCCGACCUGAACUCCGUCAACAUGGCGGACCUUUCCGACGAGGACGAGGCCGACAACAUGUCACCCACCAUCCACAUGAGUCCGGGCUGCCAGUUCAGCCCUCGGCUGACCCUGAGGAAGCGACUGGUAAACCACAUCCUGGGCCUCAGCCCCAGGCCCCAGAGUGUGUCUGUAACACCCGACUACUUACAAUGCCCGUCGCCUUGCCUCCAAACGGGCAGUGCCAGGGCCCAAAGACCCCUCUCCUGGGCCUGUGAGAGCAUUGACCCCAGAAGGCAAACGGCGAUGGGCAACCAGGUGAUCGACGCCCGGGGGAGGAAGUUCACAAAGAGGGUGGUGGACAUCCGAGAGCUGAACGAACAGGCCAAGGUCAUCGACGACCUCAAGAAGUUGGGGGCAAGCGAAGGCACCAUCAACCAGGAGAUCCAGCGCUAUCAGCAGCUGGAGUCUGUGGCCGUCAACGACAUCAGGAGAGACGUCAGGAAGAAGCUGCGUCGCUCCAGCAUGAGGGCGGCCUCUCUUAAGGAUAAGUGGGGUCUUGGCUACAAACCAAGCUACAACCGCUCCAAAAGCAUUUCAGCAGCGGCAGGCAGGCCGCCCCUAAAACGGAUGGACAGGCAGAGACUAGGGGAUGUGGAGGAUUUUCCAGACAUGCGCGUGGAGGCGUCCUCCCCCGGACCCCGGGUCACCUUCAACAUACAGGACACGAUUAAUAAUCAGGCCUUGGACUCUGCAAAUUCACCAGUCAGUCCUGGAGACAUAUUCAAGUUCCCCGAGGAGACAGAGGUGGACCUGUUGUCUGUCACCAUUGACGAACCAUCUCAUCCCCAUCAUCACCUUCAUCUUCAUGCUCCACCCAUUGUCGAUGGCCAGCACUCAGUUUUCAGUGCCCCCGCCACCCCUGCCGUCUUCUCACCCGCACUUCCCUUCCAGCACGACGAGAUGAGGCGAGACGACCUGUCCUCCUCCUCCUCCGAGGACUCGGAGAAGGAGGACGAGUUUGAACGUGAGAGACCGCCGAGCUACAGAAGGCCUUUCCAAGCGUCCCACAGGAAGCCCUCUGGCUUUUCCGCCGUGAGUCAGCUGUUCAGCGAGCGCUGGCCGAGCACACCUGCCAACCGCAGCUUCGGUGGCCCCGCGACUGAAAGAAACAUCGACUUUGAGCUGGACGUCCGUGUGGAGAUCGACAGCGGGAAGUGUGUCCUUCACCCCACCACGCAGCAGCCCGAGCACGAGGAUGUUACCUUCAGGAGGAGCUGCGAGCGCAGCCUCAAGAGUCUGGACCAAGAAUCUCCCCCCAAGAAGAAGAAGCUGCAGCCCACCUACACCUCCACCACCCACCUCCUUGCGGGGAAGAAAUGUCCGUCCUCCCUGCAGACCAAAUCGAAUGACACGGAGACCACAGUCUUCUACAUUCCAGGAGUAGACGUUAAGUUGCAUUACAACUCCAAGACCCUGAAGACGGAGUCGCCCAACGCCUCACGUGGAUCCUCCCUCCCCCGCACACUCUCCAAAGAGUCGAAGCUGUAUGGUAUGAAAGAUAACGGCCCUCCCAACCUUCCCAAUGCUGUCCAAAGCAAGACUAACUCGCUCCUACCUCCCCCGCCCCCACCUAUUCCAUCAGCCAAAGGUAAGGGCAGCGGAGGGGUGAAGACGGCCAAGCUGUAUGCCUGGGUGGCCCUCCAGACUCUCCCAGAGGAAAUGGUCAUCAGCCCCUGUCUGCUGGACUUCCUGGAAAAAGCGCUGGAGACCAUUCCGAUCACUCCGGUGGAGAGGAGCUAUUCAGCUGUAGCCUCCCAGGAGGAGGAUAUGGGUCAGUUCGAUACGGUGGAGCAGCUGGAGGAAUCCACCACCUCUCUGGUUUCCUCCUCCACGUCGGCCUACUCCUCCUUCCCCGUGGACGUGGUCGUCUACGUCAGAGUCCAGCCCUCUCAGAUCCGCUUCAGCUGCCUGCCCAUGUCCCGGGUGGAGUGUAUGCUCAAGCUGCCUUCUUUAGACCUGGUGUUCUCCUCCAACCGCGGCGAAUUGGAGACCCCGACGGGAGCUCACCCCACCGACGGACCGCACCCGCAGACCUCCACCCCGCCGGGGCAACAUGUCCCCAAACCACCUCCCAGCAAAGCGUCCCCGUUGCUGGGGAGCCCCCUGGGCAGGAGCCGCCACAGCAGCAGUCAGUCGGACCUCACCGGCCCCCCAUGUAACUCCUCGGGCCUCAGCUUCACCGCCUGCAUGUCUGACUUCUCCCUCUACGUCUUCCACCCCUACGGCGCCGGAAAGCAGAAAUCUGCAGUUACCGGGUUGCCUCCGGGCCAAGGGCCAUUGGGUACAGUCGACGAGGAGCCGUCGUCUGUGACGGGACGAAAGGACUCCCUGAGCAUCAACCUGGAGUUUGUGAAGGUCAGCUUAUCCAGGAUGAGGCGGAGCGGAGGCCCCACUUUCAUCGAGAGCUUCAUCCCUGCCAAAGGUGGCAAAAUGGACACCACCCUCAUCAACAUCUCAGCUGUGUGUGACAUCGGUUCGGCUUCCUUCAAGUACGACAUGAGGCGACUGAGUGAGAUCCUGGCCUUCCCCCGAGCCUGGUACAGGCGAAGUAUCGCCAGACGCCUCUUCCUCGGAGACCAGACGAUCAACAUGCCAGCCUCCGGCCCCGCCACCCCCGACUCUGCCGAAAACGUCACGCAACACCUGUCCCCCGAGUCCUGCCGGAAAGCCUACUGGAGGACGUGGGAUGGCAGCACUGGGACGCAGCACAUGCCCAAGUCCCCCAACGUGUUUUCGGAGCACUCUGCCGGAAGCAGCGUGUCCCCGGGCGGCCUCGGCCACCUCAAGUCACCCGCACCCGGCCGCACGAGGAGCGUGUCAGAUUCCUCGGCUCCCAGGAGAGAUUCGGUGACGAAAACGUCCACCCCCUCCUUCAGUAAAAACGGUAAAGCAGCAGGGCAGCAGGGGGCGCCGUGGGAGACGUUGGUGGUGUUUGCCAUCAACCUGAAGCAGCUCACCGUGCAAAUGAACAUGAGCAAUGUGAUGGGAAACAAUACCUGGACCACCAGCGGGCUGAAGAGCCAGGGCCGGCUCUCCGUCGGCAGCAACCGAGACCGGGAGAUCAGCAUGUCCGUCGGCCUCGGCCGCUCCAAGCUCGACUCCAAGGGCGGCGUGGUGGGGGGCAAUAUAGACGUGAACACCCUGGAGAUGGUCUCCCACAUCUCUGAACACCCAAACCAACAACCCAGCCACAAGAUCCAGAUCACCAUGGGCUCCACGGAGGCCCGCGUGGACUACAUGGGCUCCAGUAUCCUGAUGGGAGUGUUCAGUAACGCCGACCUGCAGCUGCAGGACGAAUGGAAGGUCAACCUGUGCACGGUCGACACCAGCCUGUCAGAGAAGAGUGAGAUCUUCAUCCACGGAGACUUGCAGUGGGACAUUUUCCAGGUGAUCAUUUCACGCUCCACCACGCCGGACCUCAUCAAGAUCGGCAUGAAGCUGCAGGAGUUUUUCACUCAGCAGUUCGACACCAGCAAGCGCGCCCUCUCCACCUGGGGCCCCGGGCCCUACCUGCCGCCCAAAACCCCCGUCAUCAACACGGAGAAAGGAACCGCUGAGCUUUACAUGGAUGCGGCCCAUCACCGCCACUGGCCAGGGGUGCUGAAGGUAAUCGCCGGCUGCCACAUCUCCCUCUUCCAGAUGCCGCUGCCCGAGGACGCCGUGCAGCUGGGCGGCUCGAUGAGCCUCCACGGAAAUCACAUGACCCUGGCCUGCUUCCACGGGCCCAACUUCCGCUCCAAGUCCUGGGCUCUAUUCCACCUGGAAGAACCCAACAUCGCCUUCUGGACCGAGGCUCAGAAGAUCUGGGAGGACGGUGAGGAGAAAAUGUUCAUUUCAGGCUCCAAAGAUGUUUCUACCUACAUUGUUCAAACACUGGAUUUCCAUCUUGGUCACAACACCAUGGUCACAAAACCCUGUGGAGCACUUGAGAGCCCGAUGGCCACCAUAACCAAAAUAACCCGCCGGCGGCAUGAAAACCCUCCACAUGGCGUUGCUACCGUCAAAGAAUGGUUCAACUACGUCACGGCCAUGAGGAACGAAGAGCUGAACUUGCUCAGGAACGUGGAAGCCAACAACCAGGAGAGCGGAGCGGCUGCCAAAAGCGCCAGUCUGCUGAGCAGCUUCCGCAGCUCCUCCAGCUACAACCACGAGACGGAGACUAUAUUUGCUCUACCCAGAAUGCAGCUGGACUUCAAGUCCAUCCAUGUACAAGACCCAGAGGAACCAUCUCUCACAGACUCCGACAGCAAGCCCAAGGUGGAGUGCAGCGUCGUGACGGAAUUCACCGACCACAUCUGCGUCACCAUGGACGCGGAGCUCAUCAUGUUCCUUCAUGACCUGGUGUCGGCCUAUCUGAAGGAGAAGGAGAAAGCGCUGUUUGCCCCGCGAAUGUUCGCCACCCGGCCCGGCCAGAAAAGCCCCACUGCCCUGCACGACGACAGCGCCUCGGACAAGGACAAGGACGACGGCAUCAACUACACCACGGUGGACUGGAGGGAGUUCAUGUGCAACACCUGGCACCUGGAGCCGACUCUCAGGCUCAUCUCCUGGACAGGGCGCAAGAUUGACCCAGUGGGCGUGGACUACAUCCUGCAGAAGCUCGGCUUCCACCACGCCCGGACCACGAUUCCCAAGUGGCUGCAGAGGGGCGUGAUGGACCCGCUGGACAAGGUGCUGUCGGUGCUCAUCAAGAAGCUGGGCACCGCCCUGCAAGACGAGAAGGAGAAGAAGGGCCGCGACAAGGAGGAACACUGAGGAAAGAAACCCCGCUCGGCGUAACCGCCGUAAUCAAAAGCUGUGUACAUUCUCUGCAGGUAACAAAAACACUGGAUUUAUCGUAAGACAAUGGCUACUACUGUACAACAAACUCAACAGGCUCGUUUCACCUGCUAAACCCUGUGAAUUUCUUGGCGUGGCUGUUUUACGGCGGUGCCCUGCCACCGGCAUCUCCGACUAAAGCACUUUGCACCGGUUCUUUUUCUGUAUAUUUUUGGAUAAAAGCAGCAAAUGUUGGUGUUAUUUUUCCCCCCCGCUUCACUGGUGACUCCCCCCCCCCCCCCCCCCACCUCUUUUUACCUGUCGUAAAAUGACCUCACUGAAAUCGCUUGAAAGUUUUUAUUUUAAGGCUUACCAAUAUUUCAUGAGAAAUGAUUUAUUAAAACCAUUGCCUUUUCUUUGUUUCCCAUGGAACACAUGGUAGAUAUGCUUAAUGUAUUUUAUGGCCUAGUUUUUAUCACAUUUAAAGGUCCAGUGUGUAUGAUUCCGGGUUCUAUUGGCAGCGAUGGGAUGUAAUAUGUAAUUAUGUUUUCAUUAGCAAUAGUAAGAGAUGGUUUUUGUUUUUGUUACCUCCGAAUGAGCCCUUUAUAUCUAUAUAAGGAGCGGGUCCUCUCCGCCAUGUUUCUACAGUAGCCCAGAACAGACAAACCAAACACAUUCAGUUGGUUGCAAUACCGAAACUUCACCACUAGAUCCCCCCCAAACCCCCUACGCACUGGUCCUUUAAGACCAGAAGAACAGAUCAGCGACAGUGUUCUUGAAUUAUUAUUUUUUUUUAAUUUUUAUUAUUUUCUAUUUUUAUUUUUUGAGGUGAACAAAUAAAUACAGGGAGGUUUGAAGUCAUGACAAUGACAUGAACUUGUAAUUUUAACUUGAACCAAGAUUAUUAUUAUUUAUGGGUAUGUGAAAUGCAAAAGUCUAUAACACAUUGCUUGGUGUGUCAAGCAUAUUUUUGUCAAUUUUUUUUUAAUCCAUAGUAGUAUCAGUGUAUAUAAUUGAAUUUCUUAAAUGUGUUGAUUUCCUAACUUAAUAAAAAAUAUUGCCAUUCAAUUUUA